AUGAUUCUUUGCCUCUUAGGCCUCGAGAGGAGUCAGGGCAUGCACGCCCUGACGAUCAGCGCCAACCGCCGUUACCUCGCGGUGUCUGAGUGCGCCGACCGCGCCACCAUCACAGUGUACGACUUGCAGCACGAGCAGAACCGCAAAAGGAAGGUGCUGACAGGGGGAGACACCCCUGUGCGCGAGUUCGUUUCCAUAGCGUUCUCCAGCGAUUCAAAGUAUCUGAUUGGACAGUCUGGGUCCCCAGACUGGACGCUGUUUUACUGGAUGUGGGAGAAGCAGAAGGUCCUGGCUGUGGUAAAGACCACUAGUGCUGGGAACCCUAUCAACCAGGUUACUUUCAACCCUUUUGACAACACUCAGAUCUGCGUGACAGGAAGUGGCGUCUUCCGACUCUUCCGCUACGCAGAAGGAGCUCUGAAACCGUCCACCUCCCAAAAGCUGGAGUCCUGCAACUUCCUGUCCCACGCGUGGAUGUCUGACGAGCGGGUCAUCGCCGGCACGGACACCGGCCGUCUCAUGGUGUUCGAGUCCGGGGACUUGCGCGGCGAGAUGAGUGUGAUCUCCAAGACCUCAACCUUCCGUGAGCACAAAAGUGCCGCGGGCGCAUGCGAUGACAAGGCCCCUCCUCAGUUGCCGCGAGUUACGGCGAUCACGGCGUACUCCAAAGGCUUCGCCUGCUCCGCCGGGCCCGGCGCCGUGUGGAUGUUUGAGAAAACCGACGACAAGGACAACUACAAGAAGACCAGACAGAUAAGGAUCCCUCCAGACGCGUGCAGCCAGGAGCCCAGCCAGGCCCAGCAGCAGCAGAUCGUGUCUCUGGUGAUCAGCCCCUCGGAGGAGGUGGUGGUGACCAGCACCGACCAGGGACAGCUCUACAGCAUCACCCUGUCCUCCACUGAGACCAACAAGGUGGAGCAUACCCACUUUGAGUAUCUGUCCAACUCCUUCCACACGGGGUCCAUCACUGGCCUGUCCAUUUGCAUCCGUAAGCCCAUCAUUGCCACCUGCUCCCUCGACCAAUCAGUACGCAUCUGGAACUUCGAGACAAACACCUUGGAGCUGUAUAAGGAGUUCCAGGAGGAGGCGUACAGCAUUGCGCUACACCCCUCCGGCCUGUUCCUCCUGGUGGGCUUCUCAGACAAACUGCGUCUGAUGAACUUGCUCAUCGACGACAUCCGCACCUUUAAAGAGUUCAACGUCAGGGGCUGUCGAGAGUGUGUUUUCAGUCAUGGGGGACACCUGUUCGCUGCGGCCAACUGCAACAUCAUCCAUAUCUACUCCACCACCACAACUGAGAACAUCCUGAAUCUCAAGGGCCACAGCGGGAAGGUGCGGUGCGUUGCCUGGAGUGUGGACGACAGCCGGCUGGUGUCGUGUGGAAUGGAAGGGGCGGUGUACGAGUGGAACACGCUGACCGGCGUGAGAGAGGCUGAGUGCGUCCUCAAGUCCUGCAGCUACACCAGCGUGACCUUGUCCCCCGACGCCAAGUCCGUGUUCGCCGUGGGGGGCGAUUGUACCCUGAAAGAGAUCCAGGAUUGUCAGAUCCUCCGGGAGGUCUCUACUGACGAGGUUGUGUACACCACCAUCGCUCUCUCGCGUUCAGGACGCACCCUGUUUGUGGGCACCUCCCUGGGCACCGUCAGAGCCAUCAAGUACCCCCUCUCGGCCCACAAGGACUGGAUCGAGUACCAGGCCCACGCAGCCCCUGUCGCCAAGAUGGCGAUCACGUUCGAUGACCAGUACCUGCUCACGGUGUCUGAGGACAGAUGCCUGGUCAUCUGGAAGAUCAUCGACAAGGAGGGCCGAGGCCUCAAGAGAGACAAGGAGGUCUCGUACGCCGAAGAGAUCCUCAUCACCAAGUGUGAUCUGGAGGAAAAGAACCAGAACAUGCUGGAGCUGAAGACUCGAGUGGAGGAGCUGAAGAUGGAGAACGAGUACCAGCUCCGUCUGAAAGAUAUGAACAACAACGAGAAGCUGAAGGAGCUGAAUGAUUCGUUCAUCCACCAGACAGAGUCCAUGAAGACUCAGAUUCAGGUUCUGAGAACAGAGAACAAUAAUAUGGAAGUUGCUCACCAGCAGUACACAUCAGAGAUGCUGGACAAACAUUCCAAGGAGCUGCAGGACUUAGAGGCAGCCAACAGUCAGAAGCUGAUGCAGGAGUAUCAGAAGUACCAGGAGCUGCAGGUGGAGGCUCAGAGCAUGCAGGUGGACUUCCAGGAGCAGCUGCAGAACACAGAGAAGUGCAAACUGCAGGCCCUGGAGGACCUGACCUUCCACUACGAGGGCAAGAUGCAGGAGAAGGCACUGCUGCUGGAACAGUCUCAGGAGGAGUGUCGUACGCAGGUGUGUGAGUUUGAGGAGUCCAGGAAGCAGAUCGAGGAGGAUGGGGACAGGGAGAUCCAGGACAUGCGCGUCCGCUACGAGCGCUGGUUGAAGGACGAGAGGGACGGAAACCUCCGCAUGAAGGGAGAGAAUGGCAUCUUGAAGAAGAAGUUCAGCAGUCUGCAGAAGGACAUUGAUGAGAGGAACGUGAACAUAGAGAAGAUGAGGUUGGAGCUGGAGAAGCUACAGGGCAUCAUCAAGGUUCUGGAGAAGGACGUCCUGGCCCUGAAGAAGGAGAUCCGGGAGAGAGACGAGACCAUCCAGGACAAGGAAAAAAGCAUCUACGAGCUGAAAAAGAAGAAUCAGGAACUGGAGAAAUUCAAGUUUGUUCUGGACUACAAGAUCAAAGAGCUGAAGGGUCAGAUUGAACCCAGAGAGAACGACAUCAGAGAGAUGAAGGAUCAGAUCCUAGAGAUGGAAGAAGAACUCAGCUCCUUCCACAAGAAGAACAACAAGCAGGAACUGGACAUCACCGAGCUCAAGCUCAAGCUGACCGCCACCGACAAGGAGGUGCACAAGGAGAUGCAGAAGGUGAGAGACAGGGAGGCCUUCGUGCGCAGGUUCAAGACCGACCUCCACAAAUGCGUGGGCCACAUCCAGGAUCCCAAGGCCCUGAAGAAAAGCAUCAGAGGCCUGUAUGAGUUCUACGUCCACCAGUUUGACCAGGUGGACAUGGUCGGGGUGGACGGAGAGGUGGAGAGAGAGCACGCGCGCCACCGGGAGCACCUGGAGCGGAACGUGGCCGCUCUGAAGAGGAAGAUGGCCGACGACGCCAGGGUCCACGGUGCCGACAACGUCAAGAUCAUGCAGGAGAACGUGAUGUUGAUCAGUGACAUCAACAGCUUGAGGAUGGAGCUGUGCAGGCUGCGCUCUCAGGUCCACAACUACGAGAGUCUGCUGGGCCACAACAGGAAGAGCAAGGACCAGGCCACCUCCAGCCUCAAAGCCCUCCUGUCGCCCAGGGUCAACCCCAUCACCAUGGUGACCCGACUGCAGCCAGAGGAGGAAGGAGAGCGCAUCGUUCAGUUCCAGCGUCUGGAGAUCGUCAGACUGAGGAGGGAGAUCCAGGUGUUGAUGAGGACGCAGCCGUUCAGACCACCCUCCGAUGCUAAACUCCCCUCCCUGGACACCAGCAUAUAAACCAGGACCCUGCGCUACAAUAUACUGACGAUAAAAAAACACACAGUAUUUAACACACCUCAGCAGCAAAGAUUUAAUUCAUUUG